UGGCGCUGCUGGCGCUGCUCGCCCUGCUGGCCUGGGGGGGGGGCGCGGGGGCUCGUGCCCCCCGGCGAGCUCAAAGAGCUCUCGGCGGCGGGCAGCAAGUGGAUCGACGCCGAGGUGGAGAACGCGAUCCACGGGGUGAGGAGGAUGAAAUCCCUGAUGGAUGAGAGCAGCAAGGAGCACCAGGCGCUGCUGCACUCCCUGCACGACACCAAGCGCCGCAAGGAGGAAGCGGUGCAGCUGGCGCGGCAGAAGGAGCAGGAGCUGGCGGCGCGGGGCGAGCGCUGCAACGGGACGGCGCUGGCGCUGUGGGAGCGCUGCAAGCCCUGCCUGAGGCAGCGCUGCCUCCGCUUCUACUCCCGCACCUGCCGCAGCGGGGCCGGGCUCGUGGGGCGCCAGCUGGAGGAAUUCCUGAACCACUCGUCGCCCAUCUCCAUCUGGGUGGACGGCGAGCGCCUGGACUCGCUGCUGGAGCGGGACGAGCGCCAGGAGCAGCAGCUGGAGGAGCUGGAGGAGCGCUUCGGAAUGCUGGAGGACGGUGUCACCGACAUUUUCCGGGACAGCUCCCAGGUGUCCGGCUGGCUCCAUCCCUUUUUCCAGGUGCCCUUCGGGGGUUUCCGCGAGGCCCUGCGGCCGCCGGUGCAGCACCUGCGCUUCCCGCAGCGCCUCCGCCGCUCCUCCCGGGAUCUCUUCCCGCUUUUCCAGCACCCGCACCGCGGCUUCCAGCACCUCUUCCAGCCGCUCUUCCAGAUCACCCAGCGCAUGCUGGAGGAUGCCCACGGAAGUUGGGAGCAUCCCUUGGGAGGCUUCGGGCCAGAAUCCCGGAAUUUCAGCGAUGACCGGAUGGUUUGCCGGGAGAUCCGGCGGAACUCGGCCGGCUGCCUGCGGAUGCGGGAUGAGUGCGAGCAGUGCCGGGAGAUCCUGGCCCUCGACUGCGGGCACGCGGAUCCGUCGCAGCGGGAGCUGCGGGAGCAGCUGGAGGACGCCAUGCGCGUGGCCGAGCGCUUCACGCGCCGCUACGAUUCCCUGCUCCGGGAAUUCCAGGAGGAAAUGCUCAACACCUCCGGCCUGCUGGACCAGCUGAACCGCCAGUUUGGCUGGGUGUCCCGCCUGGCCAACUACACCCAGGGAUCCGACGGCUUCCUGCAGGUCACCACGGUGCUGUCCAAGGCCCCGAAUCCCGAGGAUCCGUCGGCGCCGCCGGACACGCAGGUGACGGUGCAGCUCUUCGACUCGGAGCCGCUGUCGCUGACCGUGCCCGGGGACAUCCCGUGGGACGAUCCCAGGUUCAUGGAGAUCGUGGCCGAGCAGGCGCUCCAGCACUACAAGGAAAACGCCAUGUGA